CUUGUCUUGUCUGGCUCGGGGGUCACUGUGCUUUUGGAAAGAUAGGGUAGCUACUCCACUUCGCAGGAAAUUACCUAAUUAACUGUAUUCAUACAGGGAUGUACAAGGAGUCCAACACACAGGAGCAGUGACAUGGAGGCUGAGGACAAAUCCUCGCCCUCUACGCUGGAUUGCAGUGUGAAGCCUCCCAUCUCCCCUGGCAGCCCAUCUCACCUGACACACUUCAAACCCCUGACUCCAGAGCAGGAUGAGCCUCCGCUCCGAUCAGCCUACAGCUCCUUUGUCAACCUGUUCCGCUUCAAUAAAGAGGAGGGGCGGCCGCCCUCGGUGACAGAGAAACCGGAUGUGGCUUUGACGUCAACCACUGGGGAGCGUAGGAGCUGGACCAGCCCAGCACACUCCAACCACGGCUCUGGGACCCAUAGGAAACAACACCCCAACCUGCUCCGUAGAACAUCCACCGCCGCAGGGGACUGGCCAUUAUGGCCGGGUCAGGAGGACUGUAGGAAACCAGAAACCCCCCUGAGCACUCACGACCCCCGUACGGCUGUUCAGCUCCGCACUGCUUUGAAAAGACUCAAGGAGAUCAUGGAGGGAAAGAGCCAGGACAGUGACCUGAAGCAGUACUGGAUGCCAGACAGUCAGUGUAAAGAGUGCUACGACUGCAACGAGAAGUUCACCACCUUCCGCCGCCGCCACCACUGCCGGCUCUGCGGACAGAUCUUCUGCAGCCGCUGCUGCAACCAGGAAAUCCCUGGCAAGUUUAUGGGCUACACAGGAGACCUGCGGGCCUGCACCUACUGCCGUAAGAUCGCUCUGAGCUACUCCCAGUCUGCAGAUUCUGGCUCCAUUGGAGAGGACCUGUCUGCUCUGUCUGACUCCUCCGUCAGCUCCGUCUGCAUCCUGGAACCCAGCGAGCCUCGCACCCCGGUCGGAGGACGCAAGUCCAGCCGCAACAUCUUCCUAGAGGAGGACCUGGCCUGGCAGAGAAAAACUCCCAUUGGGAUGAGAAAGAAUUUGAUUCACCAGGAGUCUCAGAGCAGAGGUAUGAAUUCUAGACUGACUGGGCUUCAAGAGGAUGGAGGCAAGUCCCCAAUAAGGAAGCGGUCAGCCAGUGUGACCAACCUGUCCCUGGACCGGUCUGGCUCCUCCAUGGUGCCCUCUUAUGACAGCUCAGUGAGCCCCCAGACCAGUAGGACCAUGCCCAAACCUGACCACAGUGAAGAGGAGAGGAAAAUACUGCUGGACUCGUCCCAGCUCAAAGACCUGUGGAAGAAGAUUUGUCACAACAGUACUGGCAUAGAGUUUCAGGACCACCGCUACUGGCUCCGUACAUACCCCAACUGCAUUGUGGGGAAGGAGCUGGUCAACUGGCUGCUGAGGAGUGGAACCAUCUCCACCAGGGCCCAGGCGAUAGCCAUUGGUCAGGCUGUGGUAGACGGUCGUUGGUUGGACUGUGUCACUCACCACGACCAGCUGUUCAGGGAUGAGUACGCUCUCUAUCGCCCCCUCCAGAGCACAGAGUUCUCUGAGACCCCGUCUCCUGACAGUGACAGUGUCAACUCUCUGGAGGGACACUCAGAACCCUCCUGGUUCAAAGACAUCAAGUUUGACGACAGUGACACAGACCAGGUGGCUGACGAGAAUGACUAUGUCACGGCCAACUCAUCCAGCCCCAGUAAGAGGACGUCAGUCAGUAGUUUCCAGUCAGCGGUGGAUAGUGACUCUGCUGCCUCCAUCAACCUCAAUAUGGAGCAGGACAACGUCAACUUCCACAUCAAGAAACAGUCCAAGUACCCCCAUGUACCCCCGCACCCCAAGGAGCAGAAAGAGUACCUGGUCUCAGAGGACGGAGGACAGAAUAUCUCCAUCAGUGACGCUUUCAUCAAAGAGUCCCUGUUUAACCGUCGUGUGGAAGAGAAAGCUAACGAGGUGUUGUUCACUCCUCUGGGCUGGCACCACAGCUCCCUGGACCAGCUCAGAGAGGAGAACGGGGAGAAGGAGGCCAUGGAGAGGCUACUCUCUGCCAACCACAGCCACAUGAUGGCGCUGCUGCAGCAGUUGCUGUACAGCGAGUCCCUGUGCCUCUCCUGGCGUGACAUCAUCGUUCCUGUGGUGAGGCAGGUAGUGCAGACGGUGCGGCCGGACGUUCGUAGCUGUGAUGAUGACAUGGACAUCAGACAACUGGUUCACGUCAAGAAGAUUCCUGGAGGGAAGAAGUUUGACUCUGCGGUAGUGAAUGGCUUUGUCUGUACCAAGAACAUUGCCCACAAAAAAAUGAACUCGUACAUCAAGAACCCCAAGAUCCUGCUUCUGAAGUGUUCUAUAGAGUAUCUCUACAGAGAGGAGACCAAGUUCACCUGCAUUGACCCCAUUGUGCUUCAGGAGCAUGAGUUUCUGAAGAACUAUGUUCAGCGUAUAGUGGACGUGCGUCCCAACCUGGUGCUGGUGGAGAAGACCGUGUCUCGUAUCGCUCAGGACAUGCUGCUGGAGCACGGCAUCACACUGGUUAUCAACGUCAAACCGCAAGUCUUAGACAGGGUGAGUCAUAUGACCCAGGGGGACCUGGUCAUGUCCAUGGACCAGCUGCUCACCAAGCCUCGACUGGGAACCUGCCAAAAGUUCUACCUACACUCCUUCCAGCUGGCCAACAAUGAGUUGAAGACUCUGAUGUUCUUUGAGGGCUGCCCUCCCCAGCUGGGCUGUACCAUAAAGCUUCGCGGGGCGUCUGAGUACGAGCUGGCCAGGGUUAAAGAGAUCAUCAUCCUCAUGGUGUGUGUGGCCUACCACUCCCAGCUAGAGAUAUCCUUCCUCAUGGAUGAGUUCGCCAUGCCUCCCAGCCUUGCCAAGACCAGCUUCCCCUGUCUCCUGGAGAGCACUACCGUCGAGGAGGAGGAGAGCCAGGAAAAUGAGACCGACCAGAGCACCCUCUCCCAGGGAGGAGAGACUGUGCUAGGGGACGAGGAGGAGAAGCCUUCCCUGGGGAAGUUUGUAUCGGAAUCCUCCUCGCCUAAAGAUGUCGAGGUUGUCAAAGUCGCCAAGAACCAACUCCUGUCCUCCUCAUCCUCCCUGGUGGCCGAGGGGAUGGAGUCAGCAGAGGUCAUGACCUCCACGCCGUUGUCCAAUCCCCUGGCGCCGCCACCACCCUACCUCAUUGAUGACCUGGAGGAGUUGACAGAUGAGAUUGGACUGGAGCAGGGGGAGGAGACUGAGGGGGGGAGCGGGUCAGGGGUUCUGGGGAGGGGUGAGUCGCAGGAGGAGAGCUCUGGUUCGGAGACGGCUCCCAGGCUGUUCAGAGACCCCCUGCAGGAUGACACAGGGCUGUUUGUCACAGAGCAGGUGGCCUCGAUGGACGACCAUCUCAGGACGCUGACGGCAGGCUUCAAACAGGAGCUGAAGGACAUCAUCCUGUGUGUCUCCCCCUUCAUCACUUUCAGAGAGCCCUUCCUCCUCUCCCCCGCUGGCCUACGCUGCCCCAGCAGAGACUACUUUCCUCAACAGGUGUACCUCUCCCCACUGCUAAACAAGGACUUCAAAGAACUAGACGGUCGACGUAAGCGACAACUCCUCAAAGACUCUACCCCAUCAGGUGGAGGCAUGGCCAACGGAGGCCCUCGCCCCAUCCAGGUGUUACCCUCCCACCGCCUUACCAGUGCCCGCAUCGCAGAGCAUCUGGGCAGCAGCCAGGACUUGGCCAAGAUGCUGGCAGACUACCGUGCCCAAGGAGGCCGCCUCCGACAGGAGGAGGCAGACCCCUUCGCCCAGCCCCUACCCAAGCCACCGGUCCGGGAGGCUCUGCCGCCCAAGCACCCCGUCAAGGCUGAUAGUGAGGAGGAGAAGCCAGCGGGACAGAACGACAUGACCUGGGCCUCCAAGCUGGACUGCCUGAACCCAGUGAACCAUCAGAGACUCUGUGUUCUGUUCAGCAGCUCCUCUGCCCAGUCCAACAACGCCCCCAACCCCUGCGUCAGUCCCUGGAUGGUCACGAUGGAGUUCUACGGAAAGAAUGACCUCACACUAGGAAUAUUCCUGGAGAGAUACUGUUUCAGGCCGUCCUAUCAGUGCCCCAGUAUGUUCUGUGAGACUCCCAUGGUGCACCAUGUGCGGCGGUUUGUCCAUGGCAGUGGCUGUGUUCAGAUCGUACUGAAGGAGCUGGACUCUCCUGUGCCUGGAUACCAACACACCAUCCUCAACUACUCCUGGUGCCGCAUAUGCAAACAGGUGACUCCUGUGGUGCCCCUGUCUAAUGACUCGUGGUCCAUGUCCUUUGCUAAGUACCUGGAGCUGAGGUUCUAUGGUCACCAGUAUACCAGGAGGGCUAAUGCUGAGCCCUGUGGCCACUCCAUCCACCAUGACUACCAUCAGUACUUCUCCUACAACCAGAUGGUGGCCUCAUUCAGCUACAUCUCAGUGAGACUGCUAGAGGUCUGCCUCCCUCCUCCUAAGAUCUUCAUCAGGAACCAGGGGCCCUCCAAGGGCCGGAUCCAGCAGGACCUCAAGGACUUCUCACAGAAGGUGACUCAGGUGUACCUGGCCAUAGAUGACCGCCUCACCUCCCUGAAGACGGACACCUUCAGCAAGACACGUGAGCAGAAGAUGGAGGACCUGUUUGCACAGAAAGAUAUGGAGGAGGCAGAUCUGCAUAGCUGGAUAGAGAAGCUGCAGGCUCGUCUCCAGGCCUGUGGUAGUGACUCCCCCCAGCAGCUCCAGACUGUACUGGAAUCAGUGGUAGUGAAGAAACAGAGCCUGUGUGAAACACUGCAGUCCUGGAACAGCAGGCUGCAGGACCUGUUCCAGCAGGAGAAGAGCAGGAAGCGUCUGUCUGUCCCAGCCAGCCCUGGGAGACACCGACAGACAGACGACAGCAAGCCAAGUGCUCUGGAGUCCUCUCCACGCAACCCCUCCCCUUUAGUACAAAAUGUUGACAAAGAGGAUCGUCACCUCACUGCCAUGCCCUCAAGCUGGGGGUCGUCAUUGCUAGCGUUACCGUCACCAGGGGAACCAGGCUCAGAACCCCUCUCGUCUGGACCCUGCUUCCCUGACCAGGAUUCCGUCAGCAUCCCAGAGGAUGUGUUUGAUGGACACCUGUUGGGCUCCAAUGACAGCCAGGUGAAAGAGAAGUCCACCAUGAAGGCCAUUCUAGCCAACCUGAUGCCAGGCAACAGUUACAACUCCAUCCCAUUCCCAUUUGAACCAGACAAGCAUUACCUGAUGUAUGAGCAUGAGAGAGUGCCCAUCGCCGUGUGUGAGAGAGAACCCAGCUCCAUCAUCUCAUUCGCUCUCAGCUGUAAGGAGUAUAAGAGUGCUCUGGAUGAACUGUGGAAGACAACAUUGAAGACAGGAGGCGAGGACACCACCCUGUCCACCAGCUCUGGAGAGAGCCGGGUCAAGAACAGCCCAGCCAAGCCCAACGAGACAGCCUCCUCCCAGAUGGGUCUGGGCCGCAGCAGCAUGGACUCUGACCCUCUUAAAGAUGCAGACAUAGGAGACAACCAUAAGAAGUCAACAGGAAACCCUCAUAUUGAAUUACAGUUCUCUGAUGCCCACGCUAAGUUCUACUGUAGGAUCUACUAUGCUGAGGAGUUCCACAAGAUGAGAGCGGAGAUAAUGGAGAGUACGGAGGAUGACUUUGUUCGCUCGCUGUCCCACUGUGUCAACUGGCAGGCCCGCGGUGGCAAGUCUGGGGCCGUCUUCUAUGCCACCGAAGAUGACCGAUUCAUCCUGAAGCAGAUGCCCAGACUAGAGGUUCAGUCCUUCCUGGACUUUGCCCCUCACUACUUCACCUACAUCACUGGAGCUGUGCAGCAGAAGCGGCCCACUGCCCUGGCUAAGAUCCUGGGUGUGUACCGGAUCGGCUACAAGAACUCCCAGAACAACUCUGAGAAGAAACUGGACCUUCUUGUCAUGGAGAACCUGUUCUAUGGCAGGAAGAUGGCCCAGGUAUUCGACCUCAAGGGUUCUCUGAGGAACCGCAACGUCAAGACCGAGUCUGGGAAGGAGAGCUGUGAGGUGGUUCUGUUGGAUGAGAACCUACUGAAGCUGGUCCAUGACAAUCCUAUGUACAUAAGAGCCCACUGCAAGGCCAUCCUCAGGGCUGCUAUCCACAGUGAUGCCUACUUCCUGUCUAGUCACCUGAUCAUAGACUACUCUCUGCUGGUUGGACGAGACGACGCCACAGACGAGCUGGUGGUGGGAAUCAUAGAUUACAUACGGACGUUCACAUGGGAUAAGAAGCUGGAGAUGGUGGUGAAAUCCACAGGGAUCCUGGGAGGGCAAGGUAAGAUGCCCACGGUGGUCUCUCCAGAGCUGUACCGAGCCCGUUUCUGUGAGGCUAUGGACAAAUACUUCCUCAUGGUACCUGACCACUGGACAGGGCUGGGGGUCAACUGCUGAACUGUUACACCAGGGAGCUAGCCUGAGUCCCAGACCUGUUUGUGUUGUCCAGCCAAUUCCUAUGUCAUUUUUACAGCAUAAAUGGAUCUGGGACUCAGGCUACCAGGGAGCUGCUAGCUACAGAACACAACAUGGGCAUCAGUCACCAAGGCGGAGAGGAGACCGCAAUGCAGAAAAAGCCUUAUCCCAAUAGGGAACCAUAAUAGCACACUGGAUUGAUGGAUGAAGGAAAAUAAUCGAGGAAAAUUAAUGCCUUUUUUGUUGUUGAUGAAAUGCAAAGAAUGGCCAGUUUGUACGACUCAAUCAUUCCAUAAUAAUCAUCAUAGAAUCUUCCACAGGUAGACCUAGAGCUGGGUAAACUGUUUUAUCAUAAACUAGACCAGUGACUGUUCUUUGGCAUGACUGAAGACAGAGUUUUUCCUGACCUGGAAAGAAAAACUUUUGUCCCUAAUGACAUAUUUCCCAGAGGGAAGAGAUUAUUUUGAAGGGCCAAGAUUUCCAACUGUUUCACAAGAUCACUGAGAUGGACCAAGUAACAUUAUUUGUGCUUAGUUUGAACAAAUUAAUUGAUGUAAAUGUACAGAGAUGAUGUAAUUAAAGAUUAUGAACUGAUUUCACAAGGUUUUAAA